AUGAGUGUUCAGGAUUUUCAAUCUCCUAUCAACGAAGCGGAGCCCUUCCUCAAUGCCCGCUCCAAGGCUGUAGAGGAGCCGUCGGCGAUACCACCUCAAUACCGAUUCUGGCGGUCACAUUGGAUGACCGUUCUUGUUGCGAUCCUCCUCGGCUUUAUCCUCAUCCUCCAACUCAUUAGUCUCCAACUCGUGUCUGCCUCGGCUACUUCCCAAGUUCUUGCUACCUGCGGCUCUGAUGCUACCACUGCAAGCGCCAACAACUGCGUUUUUGAUCCCGUAACAUUUCACUGGCUCCCUCCGACGUGUGUUGAUCAGGUCCUAGCAGAUGACUUCCUGCAAACCUUGCCUAACGAUCUAAGUGUGUGGUACAAGCCGCAUAAUUCAAGUAUCGCCUCCUCGAACGCGAAUGGAUCCGUCGAUGCGUCCCAGUUGACGGUGAUACCGAAAGAGCACGUGGCACGAGGAGACUUUGGCGGCGAAGAAAGUGUCUUAGUACCUCAGCAAUAUCGCAGGUGGCAGUGUACCUUUCUCUGGAAGCGGUUCAAUAGGGGAGUGCAGAGAAGGACACUAGAUUUGCCACUUAAACUACAUUACAACGUCGAGGAGGAUAAUAGAGUCGACCCCCUUAUUCUCUGA